GUGCUGCAACAACUUGUGUCUGUGCUCACAGAGCAGACGAAGGCCCUCGCACGGCGCGAGAGGCCGCAGCUGGUGGACCAGAAGGCCAUCGGGAAGCCAUGGACAUUCACAGGGGAUGAAUCCAGGCUCCCGGAGUGGACCCGCAAGAUGGAGGACUAUCUGUGCGGCGUGGAGCCUCUGCUGGGCCGUGCGCUGGAGUGGGCCCUGGACCAGGACGACGCUAUCAGUUCCGACGACGUAGACCUCCAGUUCGGAGGCGCGGACGACAAUUUCAUCGAGGGCAUGGAAGGUCUCAAUCAACAGUUCAAGUCCGUCCUUGCCAGCACCACAGAAGGUGAGGCAUGGACGAUCGUGCAGAGCUGCCCCGGGAACGGCUUGGAAGCUUGGCGGCUGCUGCACCGCCGCUUCGACUCGCUCAGCGGCGAGGGGGGCCGGACACUGUUGAGGGCGAUCAUGUCACCCAGCAAGGUGAAGAUCGAAGAGUUGGGGACAGCACUCCAGACGUGGGAAGCAAUGGUGACCAGCUACAACAAGAAGGCGCAGAAGCUCGGAGAGGUGGUGCAGUACUACGAGACCAGGACGGGGAAACAGGUCAAGAUCAGCGUGCGGGACUGCAUGCCGAUUGCCAGCGCGGAUACCGGGAUCAAGCCCAUGGAUGUUGACUCUCUUGCUUGGAAGGGCAAGGGCGGCUCCAAGGGAAGCAGAGGCAAGGGCAAAGGCAAAGGCAUAGACGGCAUGGGCAAGGCCCAAAGGGGCAAAGGAGACAACCCCAGACCUGCCCCGUUCGAAGGGUACUGCAACAACUGGUGCUGUCGCAAGUGGGGCCACAAGGCACAGGACUGCCGGGCGAAAAAGCCAGCCGGCCCGAAGGCGGAGGCGAAGCCCCCGGCCAAGGGUAAGGCGAAGGGCAAGGGCAAGCACGCCGGCUCCUUGGACGCAGAGCAGGAGGACAACGGCGAGCCAGAAGGCGAACAAGGUGCGCUGGACAUGGGGGCUUUGGACGCCAGGUUCCCAGCCAGCCACUGCACCGACGGCUACCUCAAGUUCAACCUUGACACCGGCGCCGCCGCGACGGCGUACCCGCAUAAGUGGUUCGAGGGCCACGAGGCGAAGCGCGACGACGGCAGUCACAAGGGCUACGUAACAGCGAGCGGGGAGAGGAUCCCCGACUACGGCGGCGUCAAGCUGCAGUGCACUGAUGAGAACUCGAUGGUGCGGAACAUCACGGGUCGGCUCACGGACGCGCACAAGGUUCUGGUCUCCGCCUCCCAGGUGGCUCGGGCAGGACAGCUGCUAGUGCUGGAGAAAGGCGGGGGGCGCGUCUUCCCUCGCGACGGCAUCAUCGGCAAGAAGCUCAAGCAGGAGCUGGACAGGUUGGUACAGAAGUACGGCCACGAGACCCUCCUGCCAGUGUACGAGGAGAGAGGCGUGUACAACUUCUACAUGCGUAUAGAUGUCCAGACAGACGUCGCCGGGCUCGAGGUGCCGGCCGCAGAGGCGGUCGGGGCCCCGGGCGUGCCGGACGACGAGGUGACGGACGAGCGGCAGGAGGUCGAGAACCAGUGCGCAAUGGGGCACGCGCAGUUUCGAUCGCGGUGUCGGCAUUGCCAGGCAGGAAGAGGCAUUGGAGAGCAGCACCGGGGCCGGGAGGAGCCCGAGGGCGCAGAUCCCAUCAUUUCUUCAGACUACGGGUACAUGAAUGAUGACGGGGACGAUGGCGCCACAAUGCCCAUGCUUGUCAUGAAAGACAGAUCGACGAAAGGUUACAUGGCGACUGCAAUCCCGUGCAAGGGAGUCGAGCCCUACGCGGUCAGAUUAUUUGCCGGGUGUGUCAAAGAGCUUGGAUGGAAACGGUACGUGUCCAAGUCAGACGGCGAGGCAAGCUUGGUGGCGCUGAAGGCCGCCGCCGGCGAUGCAUUGCCUCGAGUGAAGAUGGUGCCGCAGGAGAGCAAUGUGGGCGACCACCAGGCCAAUGGAGAGGCCGAAGCAGCUGUGCGGGAGGUGAAGCGGACGAUAAGGUCCUUGAGGGAGGCGCUGGAGGAGAGGAUCCAGAAACGCCUGCCUCGAACACAUGACGUCUGGACUUGGUUUCCUAGGCACGCUGCUGCCUGCCUGUCGCGGCACAGGGAAGGCGACGACGGCCGGACGGCCGAGCAGAGGAGAACCGGGAGGCGCUGGAACAAGGCCCUGAUCGAGUUCGGGGAGCGUAUCCACGCCCGGUUGGCGCAGGAAGAGCCGAGGUCCGGCUUUGCGCCCAAGAUGGUCGAGGGCAUCUACGCGGGGCAUCACGCGCGCACCGGCAGCCUGAUGGUGAUGACGGCAGCCGGGGUGGUACGAGCCGAGACCUUCAACAAGAUGACGGCCGAGGAGCGCUGGAAGGCAGACUUCUUCGACAAUCUCAAAGGCAAGCCUUGGGACAUGGCACCGGGUGCGGGGGGCUCCGCACCGGUCAGGAAGUUGUACAUCCUGAAGAGGGACGUGCAGACGUAUGGCUCCACGCCGGAGUGCGUGGCGCGUGGGCGCGUCGCUAUAGACUUGCCGGCCGGCGGGGCGCACACGAGGCAGUGCACCGAGCGGAUGACCGAGGAAACCCGCGCGGACCCAGUGCAGAGGCACCGCGUGGGGGCGCAGGCAGCUCGGCAGGCGCCGGAGCCAGACGAGGGAGCCGCAGCAGAAAAUCCUCAUCGUCAUCAUCCCUCCCCUCUCUCCCCUCCUAACCAUCCUCUUCAGCCUCAUCGUCGCGAAGGACAGCGUGGGGGAGAAGAAGCAGGAGGAGCAGCAGGAAGAGGAGGAGGAGGAGGAGGAGGAGGAGGAGGAGGAGGAGGAGGAGGGGCAGCAGGAGGACAGCCUGGAGGAGGAGACGGACCGCAGGGAGCAGCAGGAGAGCCCGGGUCAGCGGCGCACGGCAGCGGCAGUUCGGCGGGUAGUCCCGCAGCUGUCGAUUCGAGGCCGGGUCACGCCGAAGCGUCUCGACAGCCUCCGGCGGGCUCAGAAGAACGUUCUUCGGCGAAGAGACGCGUCGAGAGGAGCUCAGGGUCCCAAUCAGUGCUCAAGCGGAAGCCGGUGGAAGCACCGGGACAGACAGUGGAUGACGAUGUAAAGCUGCCGCCAUCAAUCCAGCUCAGGAUCCAGGCCGGGACGUGCGCCAGUUCGGGCGCCCCCGUGCCACCGCCUGCGGGUAGCCCCGCGGGAGCCGGCGGAGAGGGCAGAGCGCUGGCGGGAGGCUCCGUUGGCGGCGCCGCUGGAUCGGGCAUGGAAGUCGGGUGCCUGGAUAUUGGAGGGCUUUCGUGCGACAAGGAGGCGCUUCGCGUAGUGUACCGCGACAUCGUUGCAUCAGCGCUCGCGCGUGAGAGCGUCGAGCUGUCAUUCGUUGAGUUGAAAGAGAACACACAUCUUUCAUUGGAGCUGGGAGCCGUGGAUGUGCGUGAACUUCAGGCGCAGUUUCGUCCGUUAUGCUCGUUAGGAGGCGCAUUAGGCAUGAAGCCAGGAAUCUGUGUAGACAUGAAAGCACCGAAGCCCGACGGAAAGCAUUGGGACUUCAGUGACGAUUCAGACGUGGCUGACUGGUUCAGGGCACUUGAACUUAAAGACCCAUAUCUUCUUAUAGGGUCACCUCCGCGUGUUGCAUUCCAUCUUCUUCUUCAGGGUGGUACUUGCAAGAGGGAUCCCAGUGCACUGGCCAGGGCCAUGGAUCGUGCUCGGAAGCACUUGUGGAUAGCUAGCGAAAGCUAUCGUCGACAGAUGGUUCGUGGUAAAUAUUUCCUUCACGCACAUCCGCAUGAUGCCAGGAGCUGGCACGAUGAACAAAUCAAGGCAUUGGUUGCUCAAGAGAAGGUAUCACGAGUGAAGGGUCCAGUGUGUAAGUGGAGAUUGGAUGUUCAAGCCCACGAAAGGGCGCGAGAUGGUGGUGCACGCUAUCAAAGAGAGCCCACCGGUUUCAUGACGAAUCUCCCAGACUUGGCCAGAGAAGUGGCUGAACAACGCCAGACCGGUUCGGAGAGCGGGCAGCCCCGCCCCGAACACCUCUAUCACGUGAAGAUUGUGGGUGGUUUGGUGAGGCGUGCGCUGGACCUCCCCCUUAGGGUGGUCAAGCGCGCGUAG